AAAAAAAAAACUUUUUUUUCUUCGUUCUUCGUCUUCUCUUCCUCUUCCAUCUCCUCUCUAUUCUCUCUCUCUCUCUCUCUCUCUCUCCAUGGGUCUCUGAAACCACCUAUGUUUACCUCGAUCCGUCUCUACCUGCACUGAUCUACGCAUUUUUGUACGUAUAUAGACCGUAUAUAGGGUCGUGUACCUUCUUCCUGUACAUCUAUGGCCGCUGUUUCCUCUAACCCUCGCACCGUCGAAGAGAUCUUCAAGGAUUUCACCGCUCGACGCUCCGCUCUUGUUCGCGCUCUCACCAAAGAUGUGGAUGAUUUCUACUCUCAAUGCGAUCCGGAGAAGGAGAAUUUGUGUUUGUACGGACACCCGAAUGAGUCGUGGGAUGUGAAUCUCCCGGCGGAGGAAGUGCCUCCGGAGCUUCCAGAGCCAGCGCUCGGAAUCAAUUUUGCUCGGGAUGGUAUGCAACGAAAGGAUUGGCUUUCCCUAGUUGCUGUCCACAGUGAUUGUUGGUUGCUCUCCGUCUCUUUCUACUUUGGAGCUCGGCUUAAUCGUAACGAGAGGAAACGUCUGUUUAGCAUGAUCAAUGAUCUCCCGACCCUCUUCGAAGUCGUGACCGGAGGAAAACCCAUAAAAGACAAGCCAAGCAUGGAUUCCGGAAGCAAAUCCCGAAACGGAACAAAGAGAUCAAUCGACGGGGAGGCGAAGAGUAACCCGAAAAUGCAGGAAGAGAGCUACGAGGAGGAAGAAGAAGAAGAAGACGAGCAUGGGGACACGCUCUGCGGGAGCUGCGGAGGAAAUUACACGAACGACGAGUUCUGGAUAUGCUGCGACGUUUGCGAAAGAUGGUACCAUGGAAAAUGCGUCAAGAUAACGCCGGCCAAAGCAGAGAGCAUCAAGCAGUACAAAUGCCCUUCUUGCUGUGCCAAGAAGGGAAGGCAGUGAUCUCAUCUCUCUCCGGAAACAAAACCCUAAUUAUUAUUUUAAAAAAACAUUCAGAAGAAGAAGAAGAAGAUGCUUAUAGUUGGAGAACUUUGAUUCCCUAAAUUAUGAAGAAGUGUUGAUGAAAAUGUCUCUGUGUUUGUAUAUCUGCUGGAUUCCAAGGGAGAUUCUUAUGUGUAUCUUUAUAGGUCUUGAGGAUUAUCUUGUGUAGGAUUUGAUUUUCAUAACUAAUCUUUUCAUUUCCGUA